AUGUCAAGUGAGGGAGAGAGUGUUCUUGUGUUAGUGCACUGCUCUGGAAAAAUUAAAAAAAGCAAAAAAUAUGGUGUGAAGUUCACUGAUAGAGAACCGUUGAGUGUAUUUGUUAGUUCGUCAAACAGUUUGUCAGAUUUGAAGAGCACCAUCUUGCAGAAGCUUGGAGUUUUCGGGAGCAAGGUUGUGAAGAAGAUCUUCUACAAGAUUCCCAUUGCUGUAGUUUCUAGCGGUGUGAUGUAUGAUACAUUCGUGUUAGGGGCUGACGAAGAUAUUAGGGUUCUAUUUCAUUGCGUGAGGAGUUUUCCUGAGGUCAGAAUACACGAGUUGUAUGCGAAGUUGGAGGUAACUCUGGAUAGUUCUGGGGCAUCGGCUCCUGUUCAUAGCUCGACUGCCGCUGGCGGUGCGUCUUGCUCGGCGCCAGCAAACCGGUUUUCUGUUCCGCAGGUUGCCUCUCCUUCUUUUGCGGCUGAUCUGGUGCCAGCGGUUGCAGUUCCAACUGCACGCUCCCCUAAUGAAGGGGUACUGCAACAGGCAUUUCUGGGGGAAUCAGGUCGUGCCACAGAUGAUGAACAUCAAGAAAUCGGGGUGCCUGAUCGAGUAGAGAAUGCAAUGCGGGACGAUGACUCUGAUGAGGAGCCUGUAAAUAUAUUUGGGGACAGCGACGAUGACACCGGUGCCAAUCCACAAGCACAACAAGGUCCUUCAAGUUCCGGCACACAGCAUUACCCUCCACACUUCUCGACGUUAAACUUGGAGGCUCUGGGUGAACAUACGGCCGGAGUUGCUACAGUAGGUGGUUCGUCAACCGAAUUUCAGAUUGGGCAAUCCUUCCAGAGUAAAGAAGAAGUUGUUCUUAGUGUGAAGGACUACAGCAUCCGUCGAGGUGUUGAGUACCGAGUGAUGGAAUCGGACCAUUUGAAGUAUCAUGGAAGGUGCAAGGAUUUCGGCAAAAGUUGUAGUUGGAUGAUUCGGAUUUCGCUCCGUGCACGGAAGGGAACUUGGGAGGUUAGGAGGUACAACGGUCCGCACACUUGCUUAGCAACAUCUGUUUCCAGUGAUCACCGUCAGCUUGAUUACCACGUUAUCUGUGCGAGGAUUUUUCCGUUGGUUAGUGCGGAUGCUGCAGUACCGAUUAAGGUCUUGCAACAAGCGACUGAAGCUGAUUACGGCUUCAAGCCCAGUUACCGGAAGGUUUGGAAAGCAAAACAGAAGGCAGUUGCACAAAUAUAUGGAGACUGGGAAGAGUCUUAUGCCGAAUUGCCACGUUGGAUGCUAGGCGUGGAGUUGACGAUGCCCGGGACAGUUACUGUGUUGCAGACGUCUCCUGUUAUAAUUGGGGACCAGAUUGAUGAGUCAACAGUGUACUUUCACCGUCUGUUCUGGACAUUUCCACCUUGCGUUGAGGCCUUCCAACAUUGCAAGCCGCUUGUGAGUAUUGAUGGUACCCACUUGUACGGCAAAUAUGGAGGCACCUUACUGCUGGCGAUUGCACAGGAUGGGAACUCAAACAUCCUCCCCAUAGCAUUCGCCCUUGUGGAGGGAGAAAAUGCCGAGUCAUGGGCAUUUUUCUUGUCCAACUUGAGAAGGCACGUGACUCCACAGGAGGGUAUCCUUGUUAUCUCGGAUAGGCAUAACGGUAUCAAGUCUGCACUAGAGGAUCCCGUGAAUGGUUGGCUGCCCCCACGUGCUUAUCGGGCGUACUGUAUCCGCCAUGUGGCAGCAAAUUUCAGCCUUUCUUUCAAAGGUAAAGAUGCGAGAAGAAUGCUGGUUAAUGCUGCGUACGCAAAAACUGAGGCGGAGUUCUAUUACUGGUUCGACAUCAUGCGUACAGAGAAUCCGGCAAUGUGUGAUUGGGCGAACCGGAUGGAGUAUGAGAAGUGGACGCAACACCAGGAUAGCGGUAGACGGUUCGGGCACAUGACAACAAACAUCAGUGAAUGUGUGAACUCCGUCUUGAAGGGAACUCGAAACCUCCCGGUCACGUCGUUGGUUAAGUCCACAUACGGAAGGCUUGCUGAGCUAUUCGUUAUCCGGGGACAAACAGCAGAGGCGCAACUUGGAGCUGGACAAGAGUUUUGUCAGGCGUUGGUCAAGGGUAUUGAAAGGAACAUAAGGGAGUCAAGGUGCUUCACCGUCACGUUGUACGACAGGCACCAGUCGGAGUACACGGUUGCUGAGACUACACCGACUGGAAACUUCUCCUUAGGUAGCUACAGGGUCUCGCUGAAGGAUCACACAUGUGAUUGUGGGUACUUUCAGGCCCUCCAUUGUAAACGGGUAAAACUGAGGCAUGCCGAUCCUGCCAAUGCUCAUGCCACUCCCGAUAAUAUGAGGGGAACCACCUAUCUCCACCCCUGCCGUCCUUCGCAUGAAGCCAGUCUAUGUUAA